UGAAGAUGUUUUGACAAGCGUUUUGUGACGUUGAUGCUCUGAAGUUGUUAUUUCAUAAUAAUUUAGUGAUAAUAUUUGAUUCAGAAAUAAGAAGGAUGUAUUCUGAGGAGGUCUCUAUACAAGGCCAUGAGAAGAUCGAGCGUUUACGUGACCGGAUGCUGCAGUGUCCGAUAUGCAUGGAUGAGUACAAAGACCCCAGGAUCCUGCCUUGUCACCAUACAGUGUGCUUCAACUGCCUCACUGACUUUAUCAAUGCAACUUCACCAGCGUGCAGAGUUUUUAGAUGUCCACAGUGUCGAGCCGAUGUAUGCGUCACGAGGGGUGGUGUGAAAGAUUUCCCGCCAAACUUCUACAUCAACUGUAUUCAGGACGAGAUUGGGUCCCGCCCGUACAUCGGAACGUGCAACAUAUGUGAACGGGACUGGCUUGUGUCUCAGUACCGCUGCAUCGACUGUGACUUUGACAUCUGUCGCUACUGCGUCCACGAGCACAAGCUCUUCACCCACGCUGUGGGGAGACAACCUAAUAUUAUGAAGAUAGAAACAGGCAACUUGGGGGUUAAUGGUACGUCGGAGAAGAACUGCAGCGAACAUAAAGAGGAAGCGUUACAGAUGUAUUGCUUGACGUGUGAUAUACCGAUAUGUGUGUCUUGUAUCUGCGAGAAGCAUAGGAAACAUGAUACGAUGACCUUGGCCAAGAAGUUGCAGCUUGCGAGGAAACACCUGCAGUUUGAUUUAGACAAACUUCAGAUUGAUGUACACAAUACUAAGGCCACAUUGACAAGAUUGCAUGAGAUAGAAAAGGACAGUGAUAAAGCAGCACAAGAAGCUAUUGUCAACAUAGAGGCUUACACAAAGGUUAUUAUUGAAAAGAUAGCAAAAGCUGCUGAAGAAAAGGUAGCAAAAGUGAAAGCUGAGCGAGGAAAGUAUCUUAAAGAAGUACAUGAUUAUGAGAAGGAUUUGGCAACGCACUUAGAACAUCUCAACAGGGGAACCAAAUUUCUGGGGGAUCUACAAGAGGAGGACAUGUGCUUGGAGUUGUUGACAUGCAUUCAUAAGUACAAAGAUGUUCUUGUGACCAGCGAGAAAACAAUUGUCGACAGGUCCGUGCACAGGAACCUUUUCAGAUUUCUGCCCGGAAAGGUCUUCAACAGGUUUGGGUGUCUCUGGGUUGGAAAAUCAAAUCUGAUUCAUGAAGAAGAUGUGGAAAUUAUACUGAAGAAAGAGAAUAACAAGCAGUCUGUGAUGUCCAAAUUGUUCAAGAAGAUUUCAGUUUUUAGAAUCUGCUGUGUGUUAACGGUUCUGAGCUUGUUUGUGGGCAUGUACCAAUUUGUAGAGAGUGCUGCCAAAAAUGGUGGAAAUCUGGAGCUUUAUCUGUGUUUGGGGCUCUAUGCUUAUAUGUGUAUUGCUGGUUUUCUGGCUUUACAAAAAUCACAUUAUUGAUAAAUGGUUGUGUUAUAGCACAGCGUUUUUCCUCUUAAUAAAGUUUAGACCAUAAAGCGGCACCUAUUCUAAUGCAACCACUGUUACCAACUUCAAAACAAACAAUUCCUAAUUCAUAUAACACAUUUCAAAUUUGCAGAAAAUUUUCACAACAUCCUGACACUAAAUCCAGUUUUGUCUUAAUGUUCUGCUUAAUCAGUACUGUAUGCAGUACAAUAACUGAUUUAAUACUGACUCAUCUAAAAGACCGUAACAAUAAACAUACAGCAUGUUUGAUUGGAAAUAAUUUAGUAGAAAUGUGUAUUCCAAAUCAUUUUGGAUAUAAUUUUGUUAAAAUGAUCCAUGAAAUUAUUAAUCAAAAUAACAAGAUAUCAAUAUUUUCAACCGUACACAGUUUUCAUACAAAAAUCUACACACCCAUGCUUUAAAUGGGAUAACAUGACAUUGUACCUACAUGUAUCCAGAUUAAUUUUCGCGCUCUUUUUAUCGGGAUAAAGGAUCAACACAUAGUACAUGAGCGCUUUUUUAUUUAAAGCUAGAAUUUGAUAACUUCACAUUCACAUUAAAGUUUGAAAGCAUGUUUGGGAUUGCACAUUUAAUUAUGGUCAUUUGAGAAUAGAACGACAAAUUAACAGUUGUGUGUAAUUAAUUAAAUAAUAAUUUGUUGGAAGGCUUUAUCAGUCAAAAUAAAUGUUUCGACAAUAUUAUGCAUGGAAUGCACAAUUUCAAUGAGGUUUACACCAUGUUGCCAUCAUCAGUCUUCUAAGUAAUUUGCCACGAUUUGAUCGAGUUAUUUGGUUAUUCGACAUACUCUUAUACCACUAGUUUAGUAGUAUGUAACCCAUUUUGUAAAAAUGAAAAAGACAAACAAAUUAAUGGUAACAAUUAUCACUCGAGCAUUUAUACAAUUCUGACAAUUAAAAAUGAGGAUCAUGUAUCAAAUAUUGAGUCAAGGGCAUAGUUGUCAGAUGUUGAUUUGACCAUGUUUGAUGGCCGAGUCUACUGAUGCAAACCAGGCUCAGUUGGUGGAAGUUUUUUUUCAAGGACUUGAGGCUUGGAGUCUUGAGUUAGACAUUGAAAGCGAAUCUGUACAUCACAUCUGCAGUUAAAAAGAGUGUUUAGCUCUUUCAGUGCUGGAACCGAAUUUUGAAGGGCUUUGCAAACAGUUUGGAUCCAGAUGAGACGCCACAGAACGUGGCAUUUCAUCAGGACCGAACUGUUUGCUAUUCUGAUAGUAUUCUUUGAAAAAAAAUCAAAGUAAAUGCUAAUUUUAAAAAUUCAGCAGACAACAUUUUAGCAGACAACGAAUUUCCCAGCAUGCAAAAGGUAAGUUUUAUGAGCUCAUUGUUUACUGUUAAAAGUGACAAGCUUUUGCAAGAAAUCACUCAUCACUUUGAUUUUAAUAUGCAACUCAACCUUUGUUCAUGUUUUAUAAACUUCUCAGCAUAAUUAGUUAAUAUCCCAAUUUGGAUGAAAACGACGCUAAUUUGACAGGUAUCGGUCCCAAAGUGGUGAGGAAAAACGCUGUAGCACAUUGUUAUAUAAUUCGACUUUUUUCGGUUAAACUUUUUGAAGUAAUUGUUAAACUGUGUGUUCAAGUAGACACUUAUUUCAAACAUGCGUAAUGUUCUAUUUCACUCAUUAAGUUCUCACUCAAAACUUAAGUUAUGUCAAAGUGGCAUUCUCACUCAACUACAGGGUUGUGUACUUUAACUCUUAUUUCUUUGUGUUUAUUCCAAAGUGGCUAUUCUGCACCUAUAUUGAGCCAUAUUUUAAGCACAUUUCAAACAUAUUUUCUUGUGUUUCUUUUUAUUUAUUGUGCCAUGAAAUUGACAACCUGAAAUUUCUUCGUGUUUUUACUUUAUUCAAAUGAAUAUAAAAACAGGAUGCCUACUCCAUGGUACAAUUUUUAAACUGAAAACGUUUGAUGAUUUGUUUAUAAGAAAUGUUAAUGUUAAUACUUUUGGUUACUUCAGCUCAGUAUCAAUGUAUGAUGUAUUUAUAUACAAGUAGCUGCUAUUAGUAUGUAUAUUGCUUUGAUCUGUUGUUUUUAAUUGUAUCGUAUAUAUUUUUCCAUGUGACAUUUUUGUCAUUGCCAGUAAAAAAAACUACAAACAUUGUGACCUAUAGCUGUCACCAUACUUGAGAUUUAUUUAAUACGCAUUUUUGUCAGAUAUUUGUAUACGUAUAUAUUUAUUUAAUAUGGUUGUUCGUUACACUUGUUUUGUGUAUUUUUGUUUAAGUUAAAUG